AUGGCUAUAGCCUUCGGUUCAGUGACUCAUAACUCCAACACUAUGUCUCUCACUCUCACCACACAACCCCUCAACAACCUCAUCAAUCCUGGUACCAGUUUUGUGUUCUGUGGCCGGAGUGUCAGCUAUGGACACACUCUGUCCUUUUCAGACCAAAGGGCUUCUUCUUCCUUUGCCACUAUUGUCUGUUCUGCUGCCAAUAAACCAUCCCCUUCAUCACAAAUUAGCUCUACAGCCAGGAUAAGGAGCGAGGUUCUCUCACCCUUUCGGUCUGUUAGGAUGUUCUUUUAUAUUGCUUUUGUUGCAAGUGGUUCUCUGGGGGCAUUCAUAGCAAUUACACAACUAAUUGGAGCAUUGGCUAACUCAUCAAGAGCAACUGAAGUCCCAGAAAUUCUGAAGGGCCUUGGCAUUGACAUUGCAGCAGUGUCUUUAUUUGCUUUCUUGUACUUCAGAGAGAACGAAGCAAAGAAUGCACAAGUGGCUCGCCUCUCAAGAGAGGAAAUCUUAUCAAACCUCAAGCUCCGUGUGGAUGAGAAGAAGAUCAUUCCUGUGAGUUCAUUGAGAGGAAUUGCUCGCCUUGUCAUCUGUGGUGGCCCUGCAUCCUUUGUAACCGAGUCUUUUAAGCGCAGUGAACCAUUCACUGAAGGUCUUUUGGAUAGAGGGGUGCUUGUUGUGCCCUUGGUAACAGAUGGAAACUCACCUGCUUUAGAGUUUGAGGAAACGGAGGAACUUCCCACAAGAAGGAAGAGACUCUGGCAGCUGGCUCCAGUGUACACCAAUGAGUGGUCUGAGUGGUUAGAUGAGCAAAAGAAGUUAGCUGGUGUACCUUCUGAUUCUCCAGUGUAUCUAUCCCUACGCAUGGAUGGUCGUGUUCGAGGUAGUGGUGUUGGUUAUCCUCCAUGGAAUGCUUUGGUUGCACAGCUACCUUCAGUAAAGGGAAUCUGGACUGGCCUACUAGAUGGCAUGGAUGGUAGAGUUCUUUAA